AUGGACAUUCCGUCCGGUAGAAACAGAAAAAGCGUCACCUUUGAUUCAAAUGAGACUAAAUCAGACGACGACAGCCGUACCAACCGCACCAAGAAAAAAGAUACCAGGAACAAAUCCAUUAGACGGAGGGUGGGGUAUGUGGAACCGAAAGAGUCGACCACUUCAAAUUUGACCGCCUCAAAUAAAGUAAAUGCUUAUAAGCUACCAAAAGCGUGCCGAGCAGUACAAAGACGAAGCAUUUUGGCCACAAUGCGGGAACUUGAUUACGACAAUCCUGGCCUGCUGGACGCUUAUUUAGAAUGGCGUCAAGAACAGUCUGCCCAACAGGAAGAAUUCUGGAGGAAAUCCAGUUGGAAGAUUCGGAAGCAUAAGAAAGCAAAAGAUAGCGUGGACGAAACGCCUGAUAAGGAGAUGACAUUUGAGGCUUCCGAGAAACAUUGCUGGUAA